ACUUUUCAUAUAUAUGAUCGCGCUGUGAUUCGUGAAAAAAUUUACAGAAAACCAGGAUGAGUGAAAUUUCACUUAAAAAUUUCACUGGAUUUUGUGUGUAUGUGUGUGUGUAAGUGUGUGUACAUGCGCGAAAAAAUACCUCCGACAUUCCAGCAACAUUGCUCCAGCGCUCACUAUUCCGAUUGCGUUCGUAGACGAAGGGUCAAAGGUCGAUAACCUAUUCCUAUUAUCGUAAGAUUACGCAUUUCGCGAACAAUUGAGACAAAAUGGUUUUAUUGGGUGAGAUAUUCCCAGAUUUUAUAGCGGAUACGCAAAUGGGCACAAUCCGAUUUCAUGAAUGGCUGGACAAUUCAUGGGGUAUUCUGUUUUCUCAUCCCAAUGACUUCACACCAGUCUGCACCACCGAGUUGGCACAGGUCAUGAAACUAAUGCCCGAAUUCAAUAGAUUAGGCGUGAAAGUAAUUGCAUUAUCCUGCAACUCCGUUGAAUCUCACGUCAAAUGGAUAGAGGACAUAAAGAGUUAUGCCAGUCUAACAGGCCAAGAAUUUCCUUAUCCGAUAAUAGAGGAUAAAUCCAGGAAACUUAUCACACUAUUGGGGAUGCUGGAUCCCGCAGAGAGAGACCAAGAGACCGGCUUACCUAUGUCAGCACGAGCUGUGUAUAUUAUUGAUCCAAAUAAGAAGAUGCGACUAUCAAUUUUAUACCCAGCUACUACUGGUCGCAAUUUCGACGAAAUAUUGAGGACAAUCGAAUCUCUUCAGCUCACAGAAAAAUACAAAGUGGCGACUCCUGUAAAUUGGAAGAAAGGAGAUGAUGUGAUGAUUGAUCCAAGCGUAUCAGAUGAGGAAGCUAAGAAAUGCUACAGCGAUAUCAAUACGAUAUAUGUACCUUCUGGCAAAACGUACAUGCGCGUUGUGCCACAGCCUACAGAUACAUAAAAGAAAAUUCUCAAACCUUUAAGUACUUUCCAA